UGGUUUUGUUGAACAGGUAUACGCAUGCGCUUAAAUAUGGCUUCCGGUUUCGGGCAUUGCUAAGAAAACGAGGCGUGAAAAACUACUCUAUACCAGAAGCCAAAGCAACAGUGGAAGAGAAAAAAUUGUAUGACUGCAUGGUGAAGCAGGAUGCAGAUGCCUCUCUCCUUCGUCUGGUAGAGACAUUUGUGGAGUCAGGUCCUCAGAUGCUCAUGCAGUUUUACAUACUUGUCCGGCAUGGGGAGAUCUAUGCUGAUGAAAGCCCCCUCAUUGCUGCGAGAGUCCUCGCUUUGGGUCUCUUUUCAGUUGCCUAUAAAUGGUGGGUGUUUGUGGUUGUUGGCAUCCAUGUGAGCAUCAUCUGGCUUUGGGCUGUCUUCAUCAUGAAGACAUCCGCCUGUGACCACCGCUACAAGGAGGUCUUCUUCAACAUCCUUGUUGCCCUCAUCUACAUCUUCCAAUAUCUCAACAUCAAUGAUGAGCCCACAUUGUGGCGCUAUGCCCCGUUCUACAUCCUCAUGUUCCUUGAGAAUGCCAUCCUGGUCACAAUGUGGUUUGGGGUAGUUAUACGCAUCCAGCUAUGGUACAAGGUCUGGGCCUUUGUGGGACAUUUUGUGGCCUUUGCCAUUGGCGAUGCAGCUAAUCACAAGCAUUUCACGUCUUGGUGCAACCCGUUCAUCCAGAAAGGGGUCCGUGUGGUUGUGCAACCCUGCGAAAGACAUCUGACGUGCCCGGUGAGGUUCGGUCUCGUGGGUGGAGCAUUCGUAGACGGGAUGGGGGACCCGGAGUGUGACUCGUCGGAUGAGGGGUCAGGGGGGGAACCCCGUGUGAUGGUCUCUGUGGUGGAUGAAGUCGACGGGCUGCCCGAGAAUCUCAGAUUUAACCUGUUCGACGCGUGUUUCAUCGUCUACUCCAUGGGCUUGUACCUGUGUGACAUCGGGAGUGACCUAUGGCUAGCGCAUGGGUACAAAGAAGAUGAAAGAAAUGGUCCAGAAUCUCGGGCAGACUGGGGACUCCGAAUCCUGUUUCAUAUUCUCCAGAUGGCUCCAAUCCUCAGGUAUGCCCAUGCCCUGAGUUACGGGUGGCAGUUUCGGACCCUGAUACGAAAGCGAGUUCAGAAGAGCACUGUGACGAUGGGUGAGGCAACAGCAGAAGAGAGAAAAUUGUACUAUUGCAUGGUGAAGCAGGAUGCAGAUGCCUCCCUCCUUUACCUGGUGGAAACAUUUGUUGAGGCUGGGCCCCAGAUGCUCAUGCAGUUUUACAUCCUUGUCCUGUACGGGGCUGCCUACGCAGAUGGAAGUCCCUUCAUGGCUGCCAGAGUCCUGGCUUUGGGUCUCUUUUCAUCCACCUAUAAAUGGGGGGUGUUUGUUGUUGCUGGCAUCCAUGUGGUCAUCGUAUGGCCUUACAUUUAUUUUAUCAUGAAGACGAGCAUCUGUGGCUCCCGCUACAAGGAGGUCUUCUUUGACCUGCUUGUUACCCUCAUCUACAUCUUCCAGUACCUCAACAUCAACGAUGAGCCCACAUUUUGGCACUAUGUCCCAUUCUACAUCCUAAUGUUUCUUGAGAAUGCCUUCAUGAUCAUAAUGUGGUUCGUGAAUGUUGUACACAUCCAAUUAUGGUACACAGUGUGGGCCUUUGGAGGACAUUUUGUGACCUUUUUCAUUGGCAUCAUAUUGAUGCUGAUCUACUACCUCUGCUUCCAUCCCACCAAGAGCAUUGGCAAAGUUUCCUUCACAAAGUACAGGUUUGGCCAUGCUUGA